UAAAAUGAAAGUUGCUGUUCAAUUCUUUGUGGUUUUUACCAUACUUGCUACCGCGUAUUCGGCGAGCUCAACCUGGGGUGAGCGGAAUUCCACUGACACCGUCAUCCUCAAUAAAAAUGUAGUCUACCCAGCUUUGGCGAAUAAAAAUCAGACCGUUUACUUCGAAAUACCUCAGUCGUAUCAAAGCAAUAGUAAAGUAAUCAGCAUCAUUUAUUUGCAAGAUCAAUUCAAAAAUAGUUCGGGUCCAGUAAACACCUUGCUUUGGGGUGGUCCCGGUUUGACUUAUGCAACUAUACAAAUGCAAACUCAAUCUAGCGUUGGUCUCAAUGUAACUUUUCUUGUUUAUGGAAAAUAA